AAAUUUCACACGUGUAAUUAUACAUUAAUUAGCAAAUUAACUCGAUAAUCAAGCUUGAUGAACAUACUUGUUUAAAUAAACCACCAGCUAGGGGUCCAGGGGUCCCAGCUGCCUAUUUUGCUUUUGAGAUUUUGUAGCUUUUAGUUUUUUUCUUUUAAAACUUGGGCUUUGAUUUAAUUUGUAUCUAAGAAAGAAAGGAGGAGAGAUAAUGGGUUCCCGUUUCUGCUUGUUCUUGAUAAUUCUCAGCUUAGUUAUGGCUCUCUCUUCCGUUGGUUACUCGGCCCCGACGGAAGCCACAUCCGAGCAACAAGCAAAUUCCACCUCCGGCCUCCACGACCCAGAUGCCAAAGUAACAUCACCUUCAAAAACAUUGAAGAACCCUGGUUUGGGAUACGUUACUCUUUUAAGACAUGUUCAUGGGAUUCUGAAUAUAAUAGGAUGGGGAACUUUGAUACCCAUAGGGAUUAUAAUUGGUAGAUACUUCAGACAUGAAUUCCCAAUCCGGUGCGACCAAUGGUAUUCCAUUCAUGCUGUGUGCCAAACUUGUGGCUACAUUAUGGGCACCGUGGGAUGGGCAUUUGGAGUCUCCGUCCUUCACUCUUCUUCAAAACGCUCUUACCUUCCCUUCUUAGUUCUCGGCAUUUUCAUAAUCCUCCUUACUACCAUUCAAAUCAUGCUUGCUAUAUGUGUGCAAUCGAAGAAGGAGAGCGGGGAGAGGCGGCGGUGUUGGGAAAAACACCAUCAUGUAAUGGGAUAUGUGAUAAUGGCAUUGAUAAUAGGUGUUAUAUUCGAAGGAAUCAAUGCGCAGCGUCAUCCAAAGAAGUGGCGAUGGUGUUACGUGGGAAUACUUUCAGGUCUUGCAAUUGUGGGUGCGGCUUUGGAGGUCCAUAGAUGCUAUAAGCUUAAACUCUUUAAACAGGCAAUGAAAUUAAAUGCUAAUAUGUAUUCUCCCUCUACUUGAUUCUGAUUUUUCUCUCUCAUUUCUCAUCUCUCUCCACCACAAUCUUCCAUUUCUCUUCUCUCUAAACCAAUAAUCCAUUUUUAAUCUCUUCCCCGGCUCUGUCUUGGAUGUAAUUAGUUAGUGUACGUUUCAUUUAAGAUUUAUUUGGAUGAACAUUUUAAAUAUUUAAAAAUACAUUUUUUUUUUCUAUUUCUACACACUUAAUUGAACGUUAUAUAAAAAGUUGAUGUAAACAUGUUCUUUUUUAAUAAUAUUGAAAAUUCCUUUUAA